AUGGAGUCAACCAGCGAUCCCAAGAGUAACCUCAUCAUUGUUUCCAACCGCCUUCCCCUGUUCAUCAAACGAGUAGAAGGAGGGUUUGAAUCAUCACUCUCGAGUGGUGGUCUUGUCACCUCUCUCUCGGGACUAACAAAGUCCACCCAGUUCCAGUGGUUUGGCUGGCCCGGAAUUGAACUCAAAGACCCGGCAGACAGGGAGGAAGUGACCAAGAGCUUGGGAGAGCACAAUGCGAUCCCCAUAUUCCUGGACAAGACAUUGGCGCAGGAACACUAUAAUGGAUUCUCGAACCGUAUCCUCUGGCCGAUUCUCCAUUACCAGUCUGGUGUAAGCUUCGACGAUACACCAUGGCAAGCAUAUAGACGAGUAAAUGAAUUGUUCGCCGAUGCUAUAGCCGACGCAGCAAAAAGUGGAACCCUAAUUUGGGUCCACGACUACCAUCUCAUGUUGUUGCCCGAGCUUCUCCGUAACCGCCUGCAAGAACAGGGUAAAUCCUGCGCCAUUGGGUUCUCCCUCCACACGCCCUUUCCCGCAGGAGACUUCUGGAGAAACCUUCCAGUCCGAAAACACCUUAUCGAAGGUCUGUUGUCAUCCGAUCUGAUUGGUUUCCACACCGACGAGUAUAAGCAGAAUUUCAUCGACACCUGCGCUAGUCUCCUCGGUGCACGCACCGAGAUUGGGAACCAAAUCCAAUAUAAGAACCGCCUAGUCUGUGUAGACAAGUUCAUUGUCGGCAUUGACCCCCAGAAAUUCGCAGAGACCCUGGCGAAGCCAGAAGUCCAGGAACGUAUCUGCAAGUUGAAAGAUAGAUACAAUGGUGUCAAGGUCAUUGUCGGCGUCGACAGACUCGACCACAUUAAAGGUCUCACCCAGAAACUGAAAGGCUUCGACGCUUUCCUAGAUGACCACCCCGAACUCGAAAACAAGGUCAUUCUUAUCCAAGUUGCCGUGCCGAGUCGCGAGGAUGUGAAGGAGUAUCAGGAGCUCGAACGCGAACUAUGUACCCUGGCCGGAAAGAUCAACGGAAAGCAUGCCUCCCCCGAGGGUACUCCGCUGCUUUACAUGCAUCGCUCCGUCCCAUUCACCGAGCUCGCAGCAUUGUAUUCUGUAGCUGAUGUAUGUCUUCUCGCAUCCACACGGGAUGGAAUGAACCUCGUGUCUUUCGAGUACGUUGCCUGCCAGCAUGAGCGCCAUGGUGUGCUCGUCCUCUCUGAGUUCGCCGGCGCGGCGUCGUUCAUGUCCGAAGGUAGUAUUCCAUUCCAUCCAGCCAAUAUCACUGAGAUGUCCGAGGCUAUUUUUGCAGCGAUCAAUUUGAGCCCAGAGGAGCGUAAAAAGAAGUAUGAGCGUCUUCGGGACUUCGUCAACACGAACACGAGCGCAAAAUGGGGUCUGACUUUCACCGACAAGUUGUCCCACCGCUGUAGGAGACCUGGAGAUCCUUGUUGA